AUGGCUCUCACCCCGCGUUUGGACCCCUACAAGCGGUUGUUGUCGCGAUUCUAUGAGGUCCUGGUGCUCUUAUGGAUCUUACGCCCAGUCAACGGGCCGCACAUAAUAUCUCGUCUCGGAAACUACAGCUUGCAAGAUGUUCGAAGGAGAUUUCUGAAGAAUUUGUGCUUCAUCUGCGAUUAUGACAAGGGUGGCAAGACUACGACUGCGAUGUCUGUCGAAGAUGCUGCCGACGGCCACAUCUUCUGGGUAUCGUCAAAUGAAGGAACCAAGGCGAAUGUCGUCGAGUUUCUCAACGGGGUCUUAAAGCUGUUGAAACAUCACAAUGGACAUCCAGAUGGCCAUCGUGCGGCAGAGCGAACUUUGAUGAACGACUGUUUGGAAUUUGCGAUUCGCCGUCUCCACAAAGAGUCAAGAAUCCUGCAAAGCGCAGCGAGAAGAUGCGUCCAAACGCUUAGAGUCCAUCAAAUCUUCGAGACAUUGAGCGUUUGGCUCAACCGCUUUGAAGAAGCAGGCGACGACGACAUUCUCGUUUGUCUAACGGCCUACCGCGUCCGCCAUGACCACCACAUGCGUCUCAUUGAGCAACUGGGCCAAGAGAUGGAGGAAGGCGUAAUUUCCAGGAACGAAAUGCAGCCAUUCCGCGAUGUACAUCACAUGAUCAGCAGUCUCGGAGCUCACGUCCGUGUCAUCUCUCAGUUGUUCGAUGAUGCCAGUCGCCUCCAGUCUCUUCUCGAAUCGUACCGUGUUGACAGGGUCCCCAAGCCGGAGGCCGCGACGGUCCCAGAAAUCGAUGACCAUAUGACCCUCAGAGGUAUUCUCAACCGUCUACUUCCAGCGGGAGACAACCGCUACGAGACAUAUCUGGCCUACCUGUCUCAUAUGGAGCCACAAGUAAACAUCGAGAGGCGUCUUCGCGAUCGAUUUGACCGGAAAGAGCCCGGAACCCUCAAACCUUGCGUCCACGCGGAAAUCCAGAUGCUUCACCACUUCUAUGACGACCAGCGCACCUUCGCAGCGGAAGAUCGUUAUGUUGCUUGCAGCAGGUUUGCCUGCAUUUGUUGUAACUCCUAUAUCCGAAAUCACCCUGCCAACAUCGCCCUCCUGGACUGUCAUCAGAAGACAUAUCCUAAUUGGGGAGUACUCCAGCUUCCCGCGGGUGCCAAGGACAAGAAAUGGCUUGAUCAGCGCAAGAUAAUCAACGCAGUCAUCCAGGAUCUUAAGAAAAUGGUGCUGGAUCAAAUAUCUCAGCGUCAUAUAUCGAGUCUCAAUCAUCCCGACUCGGUAUCUCAGUUCUCGACCGCUGCGGGAGAUGAACAUGACGCCGUAGACUCAGGCACCGACGUUUUCGAAGAUGAAAGUAGUGGAGCAGACACCGCAGGUUUCAGCGACGAUGCCUUGACUCCUUACGCUGCAGAAAUUCUUAUGCAGGAGGAAAGUUCAGGGUAUGAUUCGGAUACUGGAAGCGGUGUACAGAUUUAG